GGGGAAGAAACAUCUGUCCAUGUUUUAAAGUAACGGAAAGCUGACAACACCUGCCAGUUGCGUUCACUUCCUUUUGCUAACUGGUUCUGUUUCGAAGUCAAAUAGCAAAAAUGGUGAACAUACCGAAACAGCGACGCACUUUCUGCAAAAAGUGCAAAGUUCACAAAUUGCAUAAAGUAACACAAUACAAGAAGUCCAAGGAACGUCAUGCUGCUCAGGGUAGAAGGCGUUACGACAGGAAACAACAGGGAUUUGGUGGUCAAACUAAGCCAAUUUUCAGAAAGAAGGCAAAGACCACCAAAAAGAUUGUGCUAAGGAUGGAAUGUGCGGACUGCAAAUACAGAAAGCAAAUUCCCCUUAAGAGGUGCAAGCACUUCGAACUUGGAGGAGACAAGAAGCGUAAGGGUCAAAUGAUCCAAUUCUAGAGUAGUUAAUAAAGAAUUACUUGAC